AUGCGUGAAAUCGUUCACCUGCAAACUGGCCAGUGCGGUAACCAGAUCGGUGCCAAAUUCUGGGAGGUCGUCUCGGACGAGCAUGGUAUUGAGGCGGAUGGCACGUACAAGGGCACUAAUGACGAGCAACUCGAGCGGAUCAACGUCUACUACAAUGAAGUUGGCGGUAACAAAUACGUCCCUCGUGCCGUGCUUGUUGACCUCGAGCCUGGAACCAUGGACUCCGUCCGAUCUGGCCCUCUCGGAAGCUUGUUCCGUCCGGAUAACUUCGUAUUCGGUCAAAACGGUGCCGGAAACAACUGGGCAAAAGGACAUUACACGGAAGGAGCCGAGUUGGUCGACUCUGUGCUCGACGUCGUUCGCAAGGAGGCCGAGGGUACUGAUGCUCUGCAAGGCUUCCAGAUCACACACUCGUUAGGUGGUGGAACUGGCGCUGGUAUGGGUACCCUGUUAAUCUCUAAGAUUCGGGAAGAGUACCCCGACCGUAUGAUGGCGACGUACUCGGUUGUACCCAGUCCAAAAGUUUCAGACACUGUCGUCGAGCCUUACAACGCCACACUUUCAGUACACCAGCUUGUUGAGAAUUCUGAUGAAACCUUCUGCAUUGACAAUGAAGCGCUCUACGAUAUUUGCUUCAGGACAUUGAAGCUGACAACGCCAACAUAUGGCGACCUCAACCACCUUGUGUCGAUUGUCAUGUCAGGCAUUACGACCUGCUUGCGGUUCCCUGGUCAGCUGAACUCUGAUCUCCGCAAGUUGGCUGUCAACAUGGUUCCCUUCCCCCGUCUUCACUUUUUCAUGACUGGCUUCGCUCCUCUGACAUCGCGGGGCAGUCAGCAGUAUCGUGCAGUCACUGUUCCUGAGCUGACUCAGCAGAUGUUUGAUGCGAAGAACAUGAUGGCUGCGUCAGAUCCUCGACACGGCCGAUACCUCACUGUUGCUGCCGUUUUCCGUGGCAAAGUAUCCAUGAAGGAGGUUGAGGAGCAGAUGCAGAAUGUCCAAAACAAGAAUUCGGCCUACUUUGUCGAGUGGAUCCCCAACAACGUCCUCACAGCGAACUGUGACAUUCCCCCACGCGGGCUGAAGAUGGCUGUCACCUUCUUGGGCAACUCGACUGCUAUCCAAGAAUUAUUCAAGCGUGUCAGCGAUCAGUUCACCGCCAUGUUCAAGCGAAAGGCGUUCUUGCAUUGGUACACACAAGAGGGUAUGGAUGAGAUGGAGUUCACGGAGGCUGAAUCUAACAUGCAAGAUCUUGUUGCCGAGUACCAACAAUACCAGGAUGCUACGGCUGAGGAGGAGGGCGAAUACGAAGAGGAAGUUCCGGUUGAUGAGGAAUGA